AUGGCGUUCUCGACUACACUAUACAAUACUUUCUUCAAGCGCAACAGCAUGUUCGUCGCCACCGUAUUUGUUGGGGCAUUCGGAUUCGGUAUUGGGUUCGACGCUGCCUUGGAUUCUUUCUAUGACCGCUGGAACAGGGGGGUACGUGUUCGCUGUUUCUAUUCACUCCUUUACAUCAACUCAACCCGACGUAGAAACAAUGGAAAGAUAUUCGUCAUAAAUACGUUGAAGCUGCUGAAGAAAUUGGAAUCCCUUGACGAAUGGGGAGCUGCUCAUUGGUGGGAGCGGGAGAAACCGGCUCGCUCUUGUCCGUCCAACACUGUCACAGACCUGAGUCGAUAUCUACGUUUUGCUCUUCUGUUCGCAGCCGAUGAUGUUCUUUUAAAUCAUCUCUGGUCGCCCAUCGCCUUGUGCGUGAACAAAAACAUCGCUUGUUCGCGAAUUCUGCCGUUUCUCUCCCGAAUCGUUCACCGUCUUGGCUAUGAUAGAGCAUCGUUGCAAAGGAUCUUGAAGCUUUCACCUUGGGAGCCCAGCGUGCAUGGCAUCCAUGAUUCAGUGCAUUUCAUUUCGGGAGCUUGCUCUAAGACGGUGCGAUCCGAUAUAUUCAUUUGCGUUUUCGAGUUCAUAUCAGCUUCGGAGUGUGAAAGAACCACGCUAUGA